AUGAACUUCCCGGGCUACGACGAUGACGACGUCAACGUGUCCCUCGUCAGCGCACACUACUGGAGACGCAUCAAGCUGAAGGAGGACCUGGUGGUGGCAUUCGAGGUGGACGAGGACGUGCUCCGGCGUACCGUCAUGUUCGCCUCCCGGCAGCGCUUCAGCAUAGCACAGUGGCACUGGGAGAGUCCGGCCGAGAUCUACCGACGCAAGAAGGACAUCGUGCACGCCAUCCGCUACCUCCUGUUUGCCCACCAGAUCCUGCUGCACGGCAAGGCACGGCCCACAUCAUUUGAGAUCACGGACUACAGUGCGGCAAAUGAGUACUACCACCGCAUCAUGGCCGAGCCGAACGUGAAGGCCCAGGUGGACUUCGAGUACUACCGCAACGAGAAGGAGCGCAUCGCCAAAGCCUUCAAGGCGACGAUGGUGCUCAAGUACUUCCACACCAAGUGCGAGACGGUGAUCCACAACCUCAAGCACACCCUGGGGUCUCGCGAAAACUACAUCGACUACUUCUCUCACCCGAAGAACGCAGGCAGAGCUCCGUUUCAUUUCACAGCAGCCGAGUCGAGAACAACAGCAGCAACAGCCACCAUGUCGGACAUCAUGCCCUCUGGAGACCUCGGUGAAGGAGAGAAGCCAACCGGGGAGAUGAUCUUUACAGACUUCGUAAAGAAGGUGAACGAGAUGUUCGGCGAGGCGGUCGAAGGCUUCCGCGUGCUCGACGACGAGGAUGCCGCUCUCACCCAGUACCUGCAGGAGGACCUCGCCAAGCAGCAGGAGAAGGGAAGGCAGCUACGCGCCCAGAUCGAGAAGGCUCAGUACUCCAUCAAACAGUUCAUGCGCGCCCUCCCGACAAGCCCCGUCAUCGAAGAGUAG